AUGGAACAUUGGAACAAAAGCAAAGCAACUGACUUCAUCCUUGUGGGAUUCCCAGCCUUGUACAGUUAUGGUCCUAUCCUCUUCUGCUGCCUUCUUCUUGCCUAUCUCCUUACGAUUAAUGGAAAUGUGCUUGUAUUUACAAUAAUAUGUCUAGACACACGUCUCCACAUACCAAUGUAUUGCUUCAUUGGAGUAUUGUCUAUCUUGGAACUCUGUUAUACUACAGUAAAUAUACCAAAGAUGUUAGUAAACUUGCUGAAGCCAAGAGAAAGUAUAUCUUUUACUAACUGCAUCCUGCAAAUCUAUUUUUUCCAUUCUCUUGGAGUAAGUGAGUGUUAUCUACUCACUACUAUGGCAUAUGAUCGCUACGUAGCAAUUUGUCAUCCUCUGCGCUAUUCAUCAAUAAUGACCUCCAAAUUAACUAUUCAAUUAGUUUAUACCUGUUUUAUUGGUGGUUUUUUAUUUCCAGCCCCUGAAGCUAUUUUAAUAUCCCGGCUUCCUUACUGCGGCAGUAAGGAAAUUCAGCAUAUCUUUUGUGACUCACCAGCCCUUCUAAGCUUGGCUUGUACUGAUACAACUCUUAAUGUCCUUGUGGAUUUUAUAAUCUAUUGUUUUGUUAUUUUGGGGACAUUCAUCUCUAUAAUGACCUCCUACAUUAGGAUUAUUGUCACUAUCAUGAAAAUCAGAACUUCUGGAGGACAAUCAAAGGCUUUCUCAACUUGCGUUUCUCAUUUGGCAGUAGUGCUUGUGUUUUUUAGUUCAAUUAUUUUUAUGUACGUGCGACUGAGAGAAAGUUAUUCUUUGUAUUAUGAUCAAAUUCUUGCAGUAAUAUAUUCAGUACUUACUCCUAUAUUUAAUCCAAUAAUCUAUAGUCUUAGAAAUGAGGAGAUAAGAAUUGCAUUUAAACGAAGAAUGUGUAAUAGAUCUUUCCGUAAAUAA